AUGAAUGCAGCAAGUAGCAUUGAUUCAAGUAAAAUGAAGGAAGGUAACUACGCUAUAUUUCAUCAAGAAUACAUCAUUAUGGCAGAAUAUCGUAUGCUUCAAACAGAAAACUUGCCUGGAAUAUAUGUUAUACCAUCACAUGAAAAUUCACUUUUGUGGUAUGGAGUAAUAUUUGUAAGAUCAGGCAUAUAUGGAGGCGGUGUCUUCAGAUUUACGUUAACAUUACCCGAAAAGUUUCCCGAUGAUAUAGUUCCUACUGUUACUUUUACUUCACCAAUGUUUCAUCCAGCUGUGGAAUCAACCACAGGUAUCCUGAACCUAAAAGAGGUAUUUCCACAAUGGGACAGAAAACAAAACCACAUUUGGCAGAUACUAAAAUAUUUGCAUUGGAUAUUUCAAAAUUUGAAUAUGAAAGUACCAGUUAACAAUGAAGCUUCUAUGUUAUUAAAAAAGAACAGAAAGUCAUUUAUAGAUAAAGUAAAAGAGUGCAUAGUGGCCAGCGUUGAACAUGUAUAUGAUGAUCCACCCACUGAUGACAAACACUAUAUAACAUUCAAACCAUAUGACCCCAGUAUACAUGAUAACGCCAGGAAUAUGAUGUUGAAGCCCUCAAAUACUAAUGAAAGCUCACACGGCAUAUCCUGGGUCCAAUCAGGGUCAUAUCAAUCAUUCACAAAAGAAGAUACCACAUAA